UUUAGAUUAGUCAGAAUGGAAACAACCAAACAGCAGCUGGCAAAAAUGAUUGACUAUCUGAAGCCCCAGAUGGAAUUCCUAAACUGUCACAUGGUCGAUUACUUGACGAAGAACCAUUGGCAAACGUAUGUCCCGGUGGAGAUAAGAAAGGAACUAAAAGAUUCUCAAGAUCUGCUGGAGGCGAAGCAAAUGUUUUGGAAUCAGAACAUGCUGGAUCUCUCCGGGUCGUUAAAAUUUCCUUCACUAGCAAAACACCUAACAAUGACAAAACAGUACAGAUUAGAUGCGCUUCCCGGUAUUGUAAUGAGUAUAGAAGAAUUGAAGUCAGCAUUCGAUUCGUGUCUGAAGGAAACACGGCUAAAAGUGCCGGAUUUAAUGAGCGUUAAGAAGCGCCAUGAAGUAGAAAUUGCAUCCGAAGCGGUUGCCUCGCUUUGUACAAUAGUGGCUGGAAGUAUUCCUAGCGAAAACCUAGAUCACGUAGCAGUUAUAGAUGCUGGUGAUGGAAAAGGAUAUUUAUCAUCGAGGGUUGCACUGGAGCAUGGUAUUAAGGUAUUGGGAAUCGAUUCAAACAUGGGAAACACAAUCAAUGCGGAAAAAAGACGUGAUCGUUUGAAGAAAAAAAUCGCGGUGGCCAUAAAAAAAUCGGAUUUUACAGAUGAUGAUCACUUCAUAAAUCUUCUUCAAGAAAAUGGUAGUGAACCAAGGUAUAAAACUACUAAUAAACUCAUUGAUUCGGACACGAAUCUUAUUCAACUGGUAAAGGAAAAAUUUCCAGAAUCUGACGUCAGUCACUUCUGCCUUGCGGGGCUUCACACCUGUGGUAAUUUGGGACCGAACUGUUUGCGUCUUUUCCAUGAGAAUCGUUAUAUUCAUGCACUGUGUAACGUUGGCUGCUGCUACCAUUUGCUUGUUGAGGAGUUCGUUGUUGAUAAGUACUAUAAUCAAGAAAGGUUGAAGGAAAAUUCUGGAUUUGGUUUUCCGAUGAGUGAAUUUUUGCGAGAGAAAGGCUUCUUCCUCGGUAGAAACGUGCGAAAUAUGGCGGGUGAAUCGAUUGAUCGGUCGAUUUUCUAUUCUGAGGAACCCAAUGAUAAGCUAGGAUACCGCGCGAUGUUGCAAGUUAUCCUGGCGGAACAAAACGCUGACGUAGACAGCCAAGUGGGUAAACUUAAAUGUACAAACUUCGUUGAUUACGCUAGGAAAUCGUUAAAAAGAUUGAAGAUUGACAAUAUUCAUCUGUCGGACGAUUUCUUGAAUGAGCUAGAAAACAAAUUCGAGCUUGAGCUUGAGCAGCUGAAGGUUUACUAUUUAUAUCGAAUGACGUAUGCCCCAAUUGUAGAAGGGGUGAUACUACUAGAUCGUAUUUUGUACUUGAAGGAAUGCGGAUAUGAGAAUAGUUUUCUAGUCAAGUUGUUCGAUCCAGUCGUUUCACCACGUUGUUAUUCUAUUUUGGCCUUUAAAUGAUAUUGAUCUUUACUGAA